AUGAGUGAAACGAACGGCAAGGUGAAUGAUGAUGAUAACACUGAGGAGAUUCCAUUACAAGUUGACGUCGACGUUGAGCAGGAUGCAGAAGAGGAAGACUUUCGUUACGGCUGGGGGAGCUUCAAGCCACAGUGUUUACAGUUCCUUUUGAGCGCCAAAUGUUUUGUCGUUGCUAUUGCGUUUUUCUCUUUUAUUCAAGGUAAGGGCGGAUAACUUGCUCGAACUGUUGCAUCUAUCUUUGUUGAGUUCUCCCAUAGGAUUAGGUCCUUGUGGGCCUAAUGGGCUAGAACCGCUAGAAAUUAUAAUGAAAUUGGAGAGUAAGUUUAAAUUGUUACUGCCAUAAUCGAAUUGCAAUCUUAGAUUCUUGGGUAGAAGGUGUCAUUGUAAAGGACAGUGCGUUGCCUCAUUAUCGUGUCCCUACUUUCUUUGUAGGUAUGACAGUGAAUGGCUUCACCAAUCUGUUUCUGUUGACUUUAGAGAAGAGAUUUCAGCUCACAAGCGCUGAGGUGGGAUUCGUUGCAGCAUCCAAUGACAUCGCAGGAAUCUUAUUAACUGCGCUGGUUAGCUUUUACGGAACAUAUGGGAAUAAGAUAAAGUGGCUUGGAUACGGCUCCAUUAUUACAGGUAAAGCAGAGAAUUUUAUGCAGUAUGCACUGCACUGAUAUUCUCAAGUUGACAAGCAUAUAUAUAGUUUAAGGUCCUUUUAGUGGAGGCAAAGACACGAUUGGAGCACAUAGGAUAUCUUGUUACUUCUCCUCGCAAUAAAAACGUGCGAACAUUGUAAGUCCUCAAAAUCUCCUUUUUUACGAUCUGUCUCUAGAAAAGCAACGCACCAAGUUUCAGCUUGGACUUGAUGUACGUGCAAUUUGUCACGCCCUCUUGAGCGAGUCUUAUGCAUUACCUUAGUAAUCAAAUUAGAGCUUGCAGAUAGAAGAGCAAAUAAGAGGAAAUAGUUGGAAUGAAAAGUAUGAAAGGAAAUAGACUGUAAGAAUUUGAGUUGCGUCUACGAUACAGAAAAAUGUUAUCGGAAGGACAGAAACCCUAAAAUUUUAUUGGUUUACUUUUUAAGACAAACUUAACAAGACUACAGUGAUUAUUUAGGACGGAGAAGAUAUGUACGAAUUGCGAAUGACAAUCUUGAAAAAUCUUUCAUGUUAAAAAUGACUUUUACAAGUAAAGCAUCUAUACACUGAGAAGUAUUUUUGAUACCACAGGUAUAGGGUGCUUAUUAUUCGUCCUUCCACAAGGCCUUGUUGGACGAUACGAGCCUCUGGCUUCAACCGGAGGACUCAUCGACGGCGACGUUUGCCGGUUGAGCGGAAAUGACACCUCAGAAUUUUGCUUCGCUGACUAUGGUGGUCAGUGGUACUACAUCUUCAUCUUUUUCGUGGCUCAAUUGCUCAUGGGCGCAGGGGCAACAUCGCUGUUCACCCUGGGACCUGCUUAUCUUGAUGAGAACGUACACCCAAAGUCGUCACCAGUGUAUCUCGCGGUCUUUUUCUCUAUGACUUUGUUGGGGCCUGGGUUAGGUUUCGUCUUGGGUGGAUCACUGCUGAACAUUUACAUUGACAUCACACAGGCAUGUAAAAUCAGUUAUUUCCUGUCUGACCAAGCUAGAUAAAGGGUUCGUCUCUUGUAAUCAGCGUAAGGCAACUUAAGGAGGGUCUGCUAUUCCACUUCCUGGGAAAUUACUGGUCAGCAAACGAUACCUUUUUUACUUGUCCUUUCUCAAUAAUAAAUAAACAACAAUUACCCUUUUCUUUUAUACCAGGUGUUUCAAAAGCUACGGGUUAAAACAUAACUUUCUUUUCGUUCUAUUGAGCAGAUAUCUGAUAUAGUGUUCAUUUAUGAUCAAACUUAACAAGUCUUUUCUUACCCGACAGCCAGAAGGAUUAAAUCUCACCCCAGAGGAUCCCCAAUGGAUAGGAGCGUGGUGGCUGGGGUACCUGGCUGGGGGCUCUAUUCUUGUCGUUAUCUCAGGCCUAAUUCUUGGGUUCCCUAGAGAGUUACCUGGGGCCAGACGUAUUCGCGAACAGGCUCUUAAAGAGGGCUAUGUGCCGAAGGAAGACGAGAGAAUCAAAGGAAAACUGAAGGACCUCUUGCCAGCCACAGUGCAGCUGAUCAAGUCACCUGUCUUUAUUUUUAACACGCUAGCCAUAACAUCCGGUGCACUAUUUGGCGCCGGAAUAGCGUCUUUCAUUGCAAAAAUUCUUCAGUUGAAGUUUGGGCUCAGCGCUUUCUUUUCAGGAGUGAUAAUUGGGGUAAUUCUUGUGCCAGGCACGGUGGGUAAGUAUGCAAGAAAACAUUUUAUUAAAUAGAUACUGAUGAAAUACCAGGAUUUUUCGAAUUCCUUUUACUAAAAAUUCAUAUCUUCAUCGCGCGCAGUGAAGAUACUAUUUUUAUCUUUCACGUGUGAGGCCGGUUCUUUUGAAAUUUCAUUCACAAAAUGGCUUCGAGGUGAGAAGACGGUAAAGUUACCGGUGACUUUCUCGAUGAGCUGCCAAAUUAUAUCCGAGUUUCAUAACAUUUUUGUGACAGGUAUUUUGCGAUAGGUGACCACUUUAAUCGCAUUAUUUUGCUGUCUCGAAAAUGCGAUACUUUCAGCACUCGAAGAUAAAAUUCAUAUCCCCGCGCGGCCAUGUAAUAUCCUCUAUAACGUCAAACUUUUCACAGACUAUUCGGUAAAUAGCUGAUUAAGCGUCGAAAAAUUAUCCGAUCCGAGUUUGUGUCGGUUUUCAUUAGCUGCUCGGAAAACACCCACCAUCCUCGCAAUUAAUUAGUCCAAGAUUAAAACCAAUCGAGGUCCCAAUUUCUCCUAGACCACGCAUACGUGCAUACGCAGACGUACAUGACACAAUUAUUAUGUUUGUUAUUAUUAUUUUUUAGGUGGUGUGCUUUUGGGUGGAGUACUCGUCAGACGAUUUGACCUGAAGACGUCGUUAAAAAUGGCUGCAAGAUUCUUAGUUAUCGCCUCAAUGUUUACUGUCAUAGGAAGCUCUGCGUGGUUCAUUCCUGGAUGUGGUGUACCGGAUGUAGCAGGAAUAACAACUCCUUAUAAAAACAGGUUAGAUAAUAUCAAAAAGAAGGUACGAGUCUUACCAAACAAAUGACCCUUUUGUGCCACAGUUUAUUCCGGUUCCUACGGAACGAAGAAACAACUAUCACUAUUCCUCUCGGAGGGGAUGUUAGAUGACCGUAAAUUUACUUUAGGAACAAGUUAUGUACAUAACGAUGGUAAUGAUAAUGAUGCAAUUAAAUACCGCAUUUCCCAUUUGAGUAUGCUUUAAUGCGCUUUUCAAUACUUUGCGGGGGACUUCAGCCAGACUGCAUUGAAAGGGUUAAUCACAACUUUUUUGAAAGGAAAUUUUUCAGGUCCCCUCAGUUUUGGAAUUUUUGAAACCAAUCCCAGACUACAACACCAGGAGUUACGACCCUACUUUUUCGCGAGAAUUGAAUGGGUUCUUAAAUCUUCCCCUGCUAACCAAUGCAGAGAUUGAGAAGAUGCAGGAGACGAGGCCAACAGUAUAUCGUCCUUAUCCAAGAAGACUAGAACGUUUAACCAUUUGCAGAUGUCAUAGCAAAGACAGAACAUUCUCCUAAGUCAUUUUAAGAUGUAAUUGUUGGUCAGGUCUGGGGCUCGAACCCACGACCUUCCACGCUGCAGUCUGUAGCUCACAGCUUGGGCUAUACUGGAGGAUAGAGGUUUAAGUUUUUAGGCGAUAAUGGUCAGAAAAAUUUAAAAUUCUGUCUGUAUAUUUUCUUAUUUUCUGAAUCUUAUUUUAGUGCUACUGGAUUGAAUGGAGUGCAGGUAGCAUGCAAUCUGAACUGUAGCUGCUCACUAGCUACCAUCAAUCCUGUUUGUGGAGAAGACAACCUUGCGUAUUUCUCACCCUGUCUUGCUGGAUGUAAAAAUAUGAAGAAUGAGGUACAUGAAUCAAGAAAGAUGAUGAAUUUUUUACUCUUCUUUCGGAUAAUAAAGAUAUGUUUUUCAGUUGUCACGAGCGAGGGACAAAGAGAAAAUCUGAAGUUCCCACGACCUCGGGAUCAAAAAUCUAAAUAGUCUGAAGUCAGGAUUCAGGUUUUUUUUCUUAUCAACACUCUUGCGAGACGAUUAAUUUUACCGCGAGAGGAGGUAUUAGAUCAUCAGGAAAGUUUUCGCAAAUGCCAAUUAUAGCUCAAGUUGACAUCAUCAGCCAAUAAGAACCCGAUGUAAAUUUAAGCAAUCUACCGGAAACACAGGAAAACGCGAGUGAGAGAGCCAAGAGUAGAUUAGUGUUAUUUUUGCAUCUGAUUCGUUGAGAUGGCGGUGCGAGUUCUCUCGACCAAUCACAGAGCGAGGUAAACCAAAACCAAAGCCUUGAUUUAAUAAAGUGUUUUCACCAAAUAAUCGAUGUAUGCGGGCCUUUUGAAAUUCUGACCAGGAUGUGAAGGUGUUGUAUAUGUUGCGGAACCAAAGUUUUAAGUCUAAGUGUGAAUAUAAUAUCAUGGCAUAUGACUGAAUUUUUCUUUUCUCAUUCCUUAGACUUUUACAAACUGUAGUUGUAUUCAACCACAAAGCAAUUCAAGCGUAGGUUCAGCUGUAAAGGGCUACUGUGGAAAGACGUCCGGCUGUAUGACCUACAUUGCAUUUGUCGUCUUCCUUAUCGUGGUGUUGUUUUCAGUAUUUAUCACGGCUGUAGCGAACAAGACAGUUGUGCUAAGGUGAGUCACCCAAGAACACAUGGAACAUUCACUUUACGGUUGAUUGUCGUAAAACCAAAAACCAAAGUAAUCAGAACGACCAAUUACGAGAAAGGAAAAUAUCUUUAAGAGCCAUUGAGGUCUUGAAGUAAAAACAACCCAAACGCCUUAAGCGCGGGAAAACGGGGGCGGCCAAGUCGUUUAAGUGUUGCAUCCGAUUGGUUGGGAGGAUGGGACGAGUUUUCUGGACCAAUUAUAGAGCGAAGUGAAGCAGAACUACUGGAAUCCCGGAUUACUUUCGAUACUCCGUUGAAAACUGUUCUAUGAAAGACUCUUAGAUUUAGGGACGAGCACGAAACUACAAAAACCUUUUUCGUGAAAAAAAAUAAACUAAAAGAAGCAAACAAUCAGAUCAAACUUACAGAUGAAAGUAUGAAACUCGAACUGAGUUCUUAGUAGAAGAAAUCCACAUGAAUGCAAUCCUAGACUGCUUUCGACACUUUUUGUGUAUAAUUGUUAGUCGGGUAUGUAUUAAAAACUUAAAUGAACAGUAGGAAUUUAUUUGACAUUAAGAAGCAUUAACUGUCGACAACAAACGAACCUCUGCUUGAGAACUAAUGAAUGGAAGCACACUUUCAGGUUUAAGUUCUUAAUAACCAUAAAAUUCUUCUUUCAACUUAUUUAUCCAGAAAUAAUAAUUCAAAAUUAUUAAUUCCCACGUACUCUACCAAUUCUGAAGAAACCUUGAUCGGAUACGGAUGACAAUAUUUACACGACUGUCAAAACGAGGGUUGUUACAGAAACUUUACAAAUUAAGAUACCUCCUCGUCGUUUCGACAGUUUUAACUAAUGUACGGCAAACUCAACCUAAAUACGGGACUAUUCCAUUCUAGGUGUGUCCCUUACAACCAGAGAGCAUACGCACUCGGUUUCCAGUUUAUAAUCCAGCGCUGUCUCGGAUUCUUACCGGGACCGAUUCUUUUCGGCGCUAUUUUCGAUGGAACGUGUGUUCAAUGGGGAGAGAGCUGCGGAAAUAGAGGCAACUGUCAAUUUUACGAGAUUGACAAGCUGACUGACAGGCUUGGAUACGCGGGUUUAAGCUUCACAGGUUAGCUUCGUAUGUCUGUCUAAAGACGUGUUAUCUUAACGGUUAGCGUACUAGCCUCUGGGUAAGGACCCCGUCCGGGUCUUUGUGUUAUAUUCUUGGUAUUCCUCUCCACAAAGGAGUAUGAAUAGUUAACGGGAACUGUGAGAGAAAACCGACGGAAAGCAUCAGGAAUGUUGAGAGGAAAACUACGAUUGAUUAGCAUCCCUUCCCUGGGGAGAGGCACUCCUUAGCGCUUCAUGCUACGCAAACCGGAUAAGUCUAGACAGUUAUAGACCUCUCGUGUUUAAGAACGUUAGAUUUGCUUAAAUUUGCGAGACUCUCUGAGCGCUCACGGUGAUCCUUCAGACCAAGCCGCACUUAAGUUACAUUUAAGAUAAGUUAUAUCCAUUAUAUCUGCCUGACAUAUAAGAGAAGCAGACUAGGUGUCGUAGUCUAAGAGACCAAAACUUUUCCGCACAUUUAAUAAUGGAAAUACUUUUGAGAUGUUGCAGUCUAAUUUACAUCUCUCACAAAAAGUGUUUCUCGCUGUUAUCUGUCAUGUUAUAGUUUGUCUUCAUGUUCUGUCUUUCAGGAACCGCCUUUAUUUUCUAUUUCUUGUCGUUCUGGUUUUGCAAGGCGACCAUUCAAGAAGAGGAAGAUCAAAGAGGUAGACAGGAAAUAUCCACGAAUGAUCGCGAGAAACUUGAUCAAAACGAUAACGAUGACGCACAAUUUGAAUCCACCAUAUGAUCAACCCUUCAAAGGCCAAAACACAAACACUGAACCUUGAAGAGCAACUAUUAGUUGACUACAUCCCCGACAAGGCUAUGGCAGCCCGUGUUUUCUACUGUCGAAGUAACCAUGCAUUCCAAACUCGUCCCCAGGGUCUUUUCAUGUAUUGAAAUACCGCAUAAAGGCGCGGUUAGUCUGGCUCUGGGAAUGCGCUUGGUAGUGUUAUUACAUUUUGUUAUUGCGCUGGCGCGAAUUCUUGUUUCAAAACUCCGGAUUGAUAGCGUUCGUUUAUAAUCGAUGAAAAUCGUACGAAAAGAUCUGUUAAAGGGGAGGGUUUCUCUCACUGUGCACAGGUUAAACGGAUGUCAAAACAAUGGUGUUAAAGACUGCGUUAAAAGUAAUUGGCUUGCUUCGGAAGUAAUUUUUAAUCAAUAAACUCAUUACAAU